AGAGUUGCUUUUAGGGUUUAAGUCACACACACAACCCGAGCGCGGUUCUUUCUCUCCCCUGCGCCAUCGAGGAUUUCUCAUUUAUCCGGCAGCUUCCGAAGGCUCUUCUUCCAGUUUUGUCUUUGUUCUUUUUGUUUUGCUUAAAUUUAAUGGCUACCUCCAUAGCCGCGCAGUUUCAGAUAAUCAAGUCGUUCAGACAGGGAGAAUCGCAGCCGCUUAAGAGGCCUUUCACUCGGCCGUCUAUUCUCUUCGAUCCCAAGGAAGCUGCCGACAUCGAUGUUGAUACCAUACUGGCCACGGCGCUACAAGGUUUGGAGGUUCUUAUAGGCAUAGAUGAGCGUUUCAGAAACUACAAGAAUGAUUUGUUCAGCCAUAGAAGCAGAGAAUUGGAUAGAGAGGUGAUGACCAUAGAGUUAAACAAUCGUAUUAAUGCUUCAAUCAGUUCGUAUUUACGGUUAUUAUCGGGUCAUUUUCAACUUCCUUCGUCGCUAAAGACACUUGAGUACUUGAUACGCAGAUAUGUGGUUCAUGUUUUCAAUUUUGAGGAGUUGAUUUUAUGUGCUUUGCCAUACCAUGACACCCAUGCAUUUGUUCGAAUAAUGAUGUUAAUUGACACAAGAAACACUAAAUGGAAGUUUCUUGAUGGUGUGAAAGCCUCAGGUGCACCACCGCCUAGAAAGGUUAUAGUUCAGCAAUGUAUUCGGGAUAACGGGGUUUUAGAGGCUAUUUGCAACUAUGCAUCUCCAUCUAAAAAGUAUCAGCCUUCAAGGUUCAUGAUCAGCUUUUGCACAGCAGUUGUUGUUGAGGCUGUGGGUUCUAUUACAAAUCUGGAUGAUGACAUUGUAAAGAGAAUCCUUCCAUUUGUAUUUUCUGGACUUCAGCCUGGCAAAAGAAGAGGGCCUGAUCACAGGGCGGGUGCUUUGAUGAUUGUCGGUUUACUUGCAAAUAAAGUUGCUCUGUCACCUAAACUUGUCAAGAGUUUGAUUCGAUCAAUUGCUGAGAUUGCUCGGGAGGAUGCAAAAGAGUCAGCUGAUUUGCAAUGGUUUCGAUUGUCACUUAUGGCUUUGAUCAACCUUGUUCAGAUGCAAUCUCUGGAUAUGUUCCCAAAGAAGGCAUUGGAGACUCUGAAGGAUAUAAGAGAUUUGGCUGUAAUCCUUAUGGGAUUGUCUAAGGAGUUCAAUAUUGAUCGAUUCCUUUCUAUGCUUAUGGAGGUUCUGGUUGACUUCAGCUCUUCUGAUGAAUUGUGCCAUCUGGCUUUGGUAUCAAUAGUAGAGACAGUCCCCAUAAAGCAUUUAGUUUUCCAGUUGGUCAGCAACGUGCUAUUGUCAUGCUUGAAAUUGUCUAAAAAAGUUGGCGAUCCAGCAUUAUCUGAAUCUGGAACAUGGGCAAAGAAAAUUUUGGUAGUGGUUAGCCAGCAUUAUCCGUCUGAACUGCGAAGAGCAGUUUGCAAGUUCCUUGAGGAUACUAAACCGCAAUCUAAGAAAGGGGAAUCGACAUAUGAGAUAUUGGGGAAGGUGCUGGAUGCAAACUUGGAUACGUCACUUGGUAUAUCAGAUUCAAAAGUUUGGUUUGCGUUGCAUCAUCCAAAGGCUGCAGUCAGAUGUGCGACAUUGUCUGGUUUAAAAUCCUCUGGGUUUUUUAAAUCCAAAGCUGUUGAUUCGCAGAGCCUUGUAACUAUUCAGGAUGCUGUAUUACGGCAGCUUCAUGAUGAUGAUCUAACUGUGGUUCAGGCAGUUCUAUCUUUAGAUGGAUUGUCGGAUAUGAUUACUUCUUAUGAUCUUCUUAAAGAAUUGCAGAAUGUGCUUAAAAGAUGCAUUGGCAUUCUGAUGUUGGGUUCAUCAGAUAAAACUAAUCUAGCUGCUGAUGUUGCUGUUGCUUGCCUGAAUAAUGCCAACUCAAACUUCCAUCAUCAUGAUGAUGGCUUGAAGACAUUUUCUGCCAUGCUGUUUCCUCUACUCUUAAUUCUACCAAAGACACAGAUACUGAAUUUGAAAGCUUUACAAUUAGCCAAGGAAGUAAAAUGGCCACUUUUCUCUGAUCUUUCUGGUGCCUCCAGAACAAAAAAGGAAAGUUGUAUGGUUAGUUUUCAUGAAGUUGCAUAUGAAGUGCAGACAUCGCAACCUGGAAAUCUUUCUUCAAUUAACAUGAAGACGAUUGCGAGUUUGGCGGAGACUUUUUUGAUGAACACUGAGGAAAACUUGGCUUGGCUUGUCAGUAGCAGUUAUGAUUUCGAGUCGUCGAAGACACUCUUCUUUUUAAUGCUGAUGCAGUCAUUUAUGAUGCAUAAUAAAAGUGGUCAAUUUUCAGUACUGUUUGAAGCUUGCUAUCCAGUUUUGAAGAGAGAGUUGGAAGCAUUGGAGUCUGUGGUUGAUGUUUCCAUGGAAGAGUUCAAUCCAGAAAUUCUAAGUUGGGAUUGCAAAAGAUUUUUAGAGCAGAUGUUUGAUUCUAAUCUCAGAGCAUUAAAUACAAAGAUCCUGAUUUGCAUAUUUUGGAGGUUACUGGAGAAGUUGAUAUCAACAGUACAUGGAGAUGACUUGACAGAUGCUGAUGACAAAUGGGUUCUCAGGCUUCAAGAUUUGUUCAUUUUUUUUGCUACCUCUCAGUUUAAGGAUGUUUUCAAGGAACACAUUAAUUACCUUGUCACUAGGUGCAAGACAGCUCCUGCAAAUUUUCUUUCCAGAUUUUUUACAGAAGAAGGUGUUCCUGUUGCUGUCAAAAUUGAGAGUCUCCGCUGUUUUGCACUCCUUUGCUUUCAUUCGGAAGAUAGAUUGCCAAUUGAACUUUUUGCUGAAUUUCCUUCAGUUCUUGUCCCAUUGACCAGUGAUAACCAGGAUAUAAAGGUUGCUGCAAUGAACUGCAUUGAAGGACUCUAUGCACUAUGGGCUCGUGCAGACUUUUCUAGCAAGAAAAAUGGGAAUAAUUGUAUUUGGAGUCAUUUUCUUGGUGAACUUUUGGGCUUGAUGGUUCAACAAAAAAGGCUUAUACUAUCAGACAAACAAUUCUUGCCAUCAUUGUUGGAAUCUUUGCUUAGCUCAUCUUCCUGUAGCCUUCUAGUGCCUCAAAGUAUUCAACAGAGGUUUGAUCAAUCUACAAAAGAAAAUAUUCUUGCCUUUAUUUUGGGUUCUGCUCUCAAACUUUCUGAUUAUGGGAAGCUAAUGAUUCUAUCUUUACUCAAAGGAAUGGGCAGUGCUGUUAUGCACAUUAAGGAUGUCAAGUCUUUUUUAUCUUUACUGUUGGAAAGACGCAGUCAAUAUUACUUUGAACCGGACAAGUCUUGCCAGAAAUUGUUGAAAAAUGAGAUUGAGAUCCUAUGUCUUCUUCUGGAGAGCUGUGCUUCGAGCUCUUUUCUUGAUGAAUAUGCUUUUGAAGAUUAUUUAUUGAAGGCAUUGCGAUUGGACAGCAUGGCUUCAGAAGACCCAGCUGUUAUACUGCCUAUUAUCACUGUUUUAAAAAAGCUCAAUGGUCAUCUUUACAAUGGGUUGCAGAAUGAUGUACAGGAGAGUCUGUUUUAUCAACUAGUGUUCUUAUUUCGGCAUGCUAAUGGUGAUGUACAAAAUGCAACCAGAGAUGCCUUCCUGCGGUUAAAUAUAUCCUGUUCCUCUGUUGGUCAGAUGCUCAAUUUUAUUCUCAGUCAGGAAAGUCUCAUAAUUAGUUCAGCAUAUGGAAAGAAGAAGAAGAAGUUACUUGAGCGUAGUAGGUCAAACCUUCCUCAUAACGUGAUAUGCAAAGGAGGAGAUGCACUGUCUUUACUUAGCUCUCUGCUUGAUGUUUUGCUACUGAAGAAAGACAUUGUAAACAGGGAUUCUCUUGUAGGACUCUUAUUUAAGCUUCUUGGCAAAGUCUUUUCAGAUGAAUGGAUACAAGGCACUCUUAUCCAGGAUGAAAAGGUGAUCCAAGUAUCACCCAACAUUUCUCAGGCCAUGUCUAGCGCAAUGUGUUACAUUCAGCAGACACUGUUAGUAAUCCUGGAAGAUAUUUGUGCUUCACUUGUCAAUGCUGUUCCACUUAAGGGUGACAUCAUACAUGAAACAAACAUCAAGUUGUUGGUGGAGUGUGCCAAUUCUGCAAAAGAUGGAGUCACCCGUAACCAUGUAUUUUCACUUAUUUCCUCUGUAGCAAAGGUCGUCCCAGAAAAAGUUUUGGAGCAUAUACUAGAUAUUCUUAGUAUCAUUGGAGAAUCCACUGUAUCCCAGAUUGACAAUCAUUCUCAGCGUGUAUUUGAGGAUCUUAUAUCUGCAUUGGUUCCAUAUUGGCUGUCUAAGACACACAACGUGGACAAAUUACUUCAAGUUUUUUUGAAGGUGCUGCCUGAAGUAGCUGAGCACAGAAGGCUGCUAAUUGUUGUAUACUUAUUAAGGACUCUGGGAGAACAUAGUAGCCUGGCUUCAUUGCUUGUUCUUCUAUUCCGUUCAUUGGUUUCAAGGAAAGGAUUAUCUUGCCUUAAAAACUUGUGCUAUUCAGAGAAUUUCACAGUAUUGAUGCACAAAGAGUGGGAGUAUGACUUUGCAUUUCAAAUUUGUGAGCAAUAUUCAUGCCUGAUAUGGCUUCCAGCUCUUGUUCUGCUGCUUCAACAAAUAGGGAAAGGUAAUCUGUGUCAAGAACUUUUUAUGGAAUUGCUAUUUGCUUUGCAAUUCACUGUACAUAAAAUGGAAGGUCCAGAGUUCGCUGUCAAGCUUGAAUCAGGGGAAGAUUCAGAUGAUAUUCAGAGAACACUAGGAGAGCUCAUGGAACAGGUUGUUUCUCUCUCACAACUUGUGGAUGCUAGUCGGAAGGAAAUAUAUAUUGUUGUCAUCAGGAAAGAAUUAAAGGAGUGUCUGCGAGCUGUCUUGAAGUGCAUUACCAUGCAUAUGAUCCCUUCAGCAUACUUUAAAGGCAUUAUCAGAUUGCUUGGCCAUUCAGAUGGAAACGUGAAAAGGAAGGCUCUUGGGCUUCUAUGUGAAACAAUCAGGGGUCAUGACUCGGUUAAAUCAAAGCGUAAGGGUAGAAGAGGCUUCAACCCAAGCUCAAGUAGUAAUUGGCUGCGUUUGGAUGAGACUGCUCUUGAAUCAUUUGAAAAGAUGUCUUUCGAAAUUAUUCGUUUAGUUGAUGAAUCUCUCAACGAUUCAGAUACUUCCUUGAAUCUGGCAGCUGUUUUGGCACUAGAAGUCCUGGCCAGCAGGUUUCCUGCUAAUUAUUCCAUUUUUAGCAAGUCCCUUACCUGUGUUGCAAAAGGUAUUACUUCACACAACUUGGCCAUAUCCACUGGCUGCCUUCGUGCAAUCAAUGGUUUGGUAAAUGUGCUUGGGCCAAGGUCAGUAGCCGAGCUUCCUCGCAUAAUGGACAAUGUCAUAAAGAUGUCUGGCAAAGUCUCUUCACGUUCAGAUUUAAAAACAAAAUGUGGUGAUGACAAUGCUCCUGUUUCGGUAUCGACUCCCAAGGAGUCUCUUGCUCUGUCUAUUCUUCUCGCGUUGGAGGCAGUUGUAGACAAGCUGGGUGGUUUUUUAAACCCAUAUCUUGGAGAUAUCAUGGAAAUCUUAGUGCUUCGUCCUGAAUACAUAUCAGGAUCGGAUCCAAAGUUGAAAUUGAAAGCUGAUGUCGUCCGAAAGCUUCUCACUGAGAAAAUCCCGGUGCGACUUGUUCUUCCGCCUUUGCUAAAAAUAUACUCUAAGGCUGUUCAGUCUGGAGAUUCAAGCUUGGCAAUUGGUUUUGAAAUGCUAGAAAAAUUAGUUCGUUUGAUGGAUAGAUCAUCUAUUUAUGGAUACCAUACAAAUAUUUAUGACCUUUGCUUGCUUGCUCUCGAUCUACGCCGCCAACACCCUGUUUCAAUUCAGGAUAUAGAUGUUGUAGAAAAAAGUGUCAUCAACGCAACAAUUUCUCUGUCUAUGAAACUUACUGAGACCAUGUUCAAGCCUCUUUUUAUUAGAAGUAUCGAGUGGGCAGACUCGGAUGUAGAGGAAAAUGCAAAUACAGGAAGCAUCAAUAUUGAUAGGGCUAUAUCAUUUUACAGCCUCGUGAAUAAACUUGCUGAAAAUCAUCGGUCCUUAUUUGUUCCCUACUACAAAUAUUUGCUCGAGGGUUGUGUACGUCAUCUCACUGACGUUGGAGAUGCAAAAACUUCUGGUUUGAUGCGGAAGAAAAAGAGGGCCAAGAUUCAGGAAGCUGGCAAUUAUAUGAAAGAGGAAAACAACUGGCAUCUCAGGGCAUUGGUCAUAUCAUCGUUACAUAAAUGCUUUCUCUAUGAUACUGGGAGCCUUAAGUUUCUUGAAUCAAAUUUUCAGGUUCUGUUGAAACCCAUUGUCUCACAGCUUAUCAUAGAUCCACCUGCUUCUCUCGAAGGGAAUCCUAACAUACCAUCUGUGAAGGAAGUUGAUGACUUAUUGGUUCUUUGCGUUGGUCAAAUGGCUGUUACUGCAGGGACUGAUCUUUUAUGGAAACCUUUGAACCAUGAAGUUUUGAUGCAAACUCGUUGUGACAAAGUGCGGUCUCGAAUUUUGGGCCUGAGAAUUGUUAAAUAUCUUCUGGAGAAACUGAAAGAAGAGUAUCUAGUACUUGUAGCUGAAACCAUCCCCUUCCUCGGUGAAUUGCUGGAGGAUGUAGAGCUACCUGUUAAAUCUCUUGCACAAGAGAUUCUCAAGGAAAUGGAGUCCAUGAGUGGUGAAAGCCUCCGGCAGUACCUCUGAUCUUUUCGGUGUAGCAGUAUGGGGCUUUCAGGCCAUUGCUUUUGGUAGAACUUUUCUAGGGAAGCUGUAAAUUGUAGAUUUUGCUUAGGAAAAUAGAGAAUUUUGUAGAUUUUGAUUUUAUUGGAGGCUGAGGACAACCAACAAGCUCAAGCUCGGGUUUGAGAAGUGAGAAUUUACUUGAGAGGUUAAAAGCCCUGUAAUGAAAUUAUUGUCAGCAAUUGCCUCAUGUAUACUUAUUUCAGUUCUAUAUAAGCAGUUUUUAUCCCUUAA